ACCAAACGCGCCGCCGACUCUCUCUUCUUGCCUCCCUAAGCGAAUAUAACUUGGCGGUUCCUCGUCAAUCCCAGUCACCGUCUGGCACGCUAUCGGCGCGCACCACCGCAACGAGGCGCCCACGAUGAUGCUGUAACCAGUGAAGCCCUCGUACCCGGGAGGGUGUCAUGGCCCGGGUGUCCAGCCGCGUGAGCCUCUGAUUCAAAUCAAAUAGCCCGCGCAUUCAAUCAGCUGCGGCGCACCAGCCGCGUGUGCGUUAUGGUGCUUAUUGAGUGACUUUGACGCAUGAGCAGACGCGCCGCGUGAGAUGAUCGGCAAACUCGUGCUCGGACUUUGGAUCGCACACUUUUUCUGCAGUUACGUGAAUAAUGCCGAGGCGACGAACGAGCUCAGGCUGGGCGACGAGUCGCUCGACGAGCGCAAUGACGCGGAAAUCUUUCGGGCGGUGGUCCAGUCGAUGAACGAAUGGGAGUCGAAGAAGAACAAGGGGGGGCAUAGGAACAAGCGCGAGGUCUCGAGGGUCUGCUACGAGGAUGUUAGCUGUUUCGAGGACACGGGGCCGUUCAGUUAUCUCGAGAUGCUACCUUCACCGCCCAAGGACGUUGGUACGAGAUUCUUCGUAUAUGGCAAUGGAAAGGCGCGCUCGAUCCCGAUGGAAGUACCAGCCGAGAACAUCAGCGAAAACAUCAACAAUGCCAUAGAUUCUGAUCUACCGACCAAAGUUAUCGUUCACGGCUUCGGCUCAAGUUGUGACCACAUUUGGAUAUAUGAAAUGCGCUCGGCUCUUGCGGCUGUGAUCGAAUGCAACAUAGUGUGCGUGGAUUGGGGCCCGGGCAGCGCGGUGCCGAAUUACGUGAGGGCCGCAGCUAAUACACGACUCGUCGGCCGUCAGCUCGCCAAGCUCGUGCGCAGCCUCAACGUCUCCUUGGACAAGAUACACCUGAUCGGAUUCAGCUUGGGUGCUCAUGUGGCCGGAUUCGCCGGCGCCGAGCUCGGCAAUGUUUCCAGGAUAACCGGUCUGGAUCCAGCGGGGCCGCUUUUCGAGUCACAGGAUCCACGUGCACGACUUGACAAGACCGACGCCCAUUUCGUUGAUGUGAUUCACAGUAAUGGCGAACAGCUGAUCCUCGGGGGUCUCGGCUCCUGGCAGCCAAUGGGCGACGUCGAUUUCUAUCCGAACGGCGGCAAGAUGCAAAGCGGCUGCUCGAACCUCUUUGUUGGCGCCGUUAGUGAUAUUAUUUGGUCGAGUCCAGUGGAAGGCCGAUCGUUAUGUAACCAUCGACGCGCUUACAAACUCUUCACGGAUUCGAUCAGCCCCAAGUGCCACUUUCCCGCGUUCCCCUGCGAGAGCGGCUACGAAGGGCUGCUCAAGGGCGAGUGCUUCCCCUGCAAGUCGCAGUCCGAGACGACCUGCGGCGUAAUGGGAUUCUACAGCGACGUUUCGGCCGCCAGGGGUCAGCUGUACCUGGUGACGCGCGACGAGGAGCCCUUCUGUGCUCAUCAGUACCAGGUGAAGGUAUACAACAGCAGACACGAGAGGCCGGUGAAAAGUUACGGCAAGCUGCAAGUAACUUUAUUAGCGGAAGGCUCCAUCAACGAGACCUUCACGAUGACGAAGAAAGAUGACGAGGAGCUCCUCGUGGGUGCGACGUUACAGAAAAUUGUUGUCCCCCACCCAGCCCUUUCUAAUCUCAACGCUAUAGAGAUCAAGUACACGGCGUACAGUGGCUGGAUAUCAUCGGGCCUCGUGUCCUGGGCUGUUGAUAAAAUCAUUGUGGUCGACAGCUACGGAAUCAUCUACUCGGUCUGCAAGCGUGGCCUCAUCCUCGAGUCCGAGCGGCCCGUUUAUCUGCCGCUCUACGAGGGCGAAUGCAAUGUUCCACCGGAGACCGAAGAAGGGACAAAAGCUAGCACCGCUGAAAAGGAACAGCCGCCGAAAUCCGAGGAGCAACCAGCGAAGAAGGAGAACACCGAGCAGAGGGGAGAAUUUCACCAAGAGCAACUACCCGCCAUCGGGCCCUUCACCAGGGAUCAAAAUUACGACAGGAGUUCGGGAAAGGAUAAUAGCUUUACGAACGAAGUGCCACAAAAAAGUUUCGGCCCGUACACUAAGGAGCAAAACAUGAAGAUUGGGAAUAGUGAACAUGUAAAGAACAUUGCAUCCACAGACUAUGCGGAAAACUCAAACAAUGGAAAUGAUUAUCAAAGCGUGUCCAGUUCAUGGUCGAUCCUCGAUUUGGCCAACGACGGCGCCUCGAACUCCGUGGAUGACAGCACGGCCGAACUCACGGAACGCGGACGGGGCUUCUCCGGGUUCUCCGGUCUCGGCCAACGGCCCUUCAACCCGGGCCGAGGUAGCGCUACGGCUGUGAGCGGGACCUCGGUGCGCGGGGACGAGGUUAGGCUUGGUAACGGCGAGGUCCAGGAGCCGGUCCUCCGCAUCGGGACCAAAAAGAACAAGAAGGAGACGGGCCGCGCCCUCAGAUUACCGGAGAUCACGGAGCCGGUGCUGCGGCCACGGAGCGGAACGCGCCGCGACGCCCGGGAGCAGCCCCUCAUGGAGGACAGGAGACACGAGACGUUGGACGAGUCGUCGAGCUCGCGCGGCUUCACCGUCCAGUUCUUACCGGAGAGGCUCGCCGGCAUCCUCGCCCAGGCGGAGCGUUAUGCCCGGCAGACUCUCCUACCUCUCAUAUCGCAGUACACGCCGAGCUUCAUCGGAGGCGGUAGAUCCGAGAGGCCCAAGUACUUCCCGCCCUUGGGCAACCUCUUCGGCACUCGAGACGAUGACGACAGGUGGAAUACGAGUGGCAAGCACCGGAAGAGAAUCGGUGAGAGCAACGACAGUCGCACCAAGUACUAUUUUGAUUUCGAGGAGAAGUCCUCGGCCAGCGUGCAGACAGUUACGAAAGGCUCGACCGAGACCGUUAACUACAAGAUGGAGCAGAGCAAACGCGCACUCCUCUCGACCUCGACGACCAGCGCAAGCCUCACCGACAAAACGGACAAGAGCAACGAAUGGAUGCCGAUACCCGCCAUGAUUGCGCAGAAUCAGCAUAGCGACAGUCGUCAAGAGAAAUCUUUCGAAGGUGGCUGGCUGAGCGAAGGAGGAACAAGCUGGUCGGCGAAAACCAACGACAACGAGACCGUCGUUACCGAAACGAAAAUUGACGACUGGGUGCCACUGGUCGUCGUCGAAUCCACGUCAUCGCCCGAGAGCACCGAUAAUCCAGCGAUUAACAUCACCGCUGAGCAGAAUUUAAAGGAGCAGGAGAAAAAAUUCAUACCACUGGUAGAGAUUGCGGUGAGCGGCGAUUCUCCCAAGGCAGAUAUUCCGGAAGCUGGAAAAGUCGAGGAGGAGAAAUUACUGCAGCUUCGGUCUGUCGUUUUCCCAUACGUGUACGAGAGGAAGAACGACCCGAGGACGCGAUACAUACCGCUGAUACCGCAAGAGGAUCUAGGCAUAAGCAGCAUAAAGAAAGAAAGAGAACGGUGAUGAUAAGCGUCUUUCGCAAUCACUUGUGCGCAAAUAAUAAUGUAAUUCUACCGAUUCUUGCGAUAAAA